UAGACACACACACAAUAGACCUAGUUGACGUUCGCGUUUGUCUCUCCUGAAGCAGCGCAUCACCCUCUUUUUCACCUGCCCGCCGCCCGCCAGACGCUCAUUGGAAGCUUUUCGCGUUGUACAGCAAACCACUUCCCAUCUCCACGUUGCCCCCCUACACCGACACUGACUCCACCACGCGACAACGAAAUCUACACCUACAACCAGACACGAGAGAUCCAACUGCCAGAAUCAACGCAUAUCUGAACACACAAACACACACAUACGAAUUCUUGGGAAUCGUGUAUCUCGUAUCAUAUAUCCCACCAGGAUAGCAGUCACCCGUUGCCACAUCGUUAUUGCUAUUCCUGGUUGAUGGUUCUUGUUUCAGGUGCUGCGGGUUGGAUCUUCCUUGACCCUUCAGUCGCCAGCAGAAAAUCGCAUAUGCGGAGGCCAAUUCACUAAGCCAUGCGACUCGACUACCUCAGAUCUCCAUAAAGGCUGUUCCAAGAGAGCAGGUUAGCAUAUCGAGAAUCCUUCCGCGAAACCACUGCCCAUCGAUACCCCCAGUUUGGCAAACACGACGCAGGAGGGGUGAUUCGGGCUACAAGCAACACUUAAAUACACAAGCGACCAUUGGCGACAGAAGAAAAGGGAGAUAAUAGGAGGUGAGAAUUUGAGCCCAGUACGAUGGGUCCUCAAGCAGAGGGAGGAGGCCCAUCUGGGGAGGGGCAAAACUAUGGCGGGCAGCCCUAUCUAGAUGACGGCAGAAGAUAUCAUUCGGAUCGAGACAUGGGAAUGCAGGACCAACAACUCCAGCCGCCAAAUGAUGGCCAGGCCCUCGAAAAUAGGAGGAAUUUGUCACCGUCAGGAAGCCAAAGUGCGAGGGACCGAGACAGAGAUGGCGGCGACCCCAACUCGAACGGCGACGAGCGCAACCGAUCACGACAGCGGAAUGGCAGGACAGCGUCAGGGCAGUUGAGAAUGUGCAAGAAAUGCGGUGAACCUUUGACUGGACAAUUUGUGCGGGCACUCGGCGGUACCUUUCAUUUGGACUGUUUCCGAUGUCGAGUAGGUGAUUUGCUUUGCUAUUGAAUUGCGCACCACUAAUCAAAUUCUAGGAUUGUGGCCAAAUUGUCGCUUCCAAGUUUUUCCCAGUUGACGAAGAGGAAGGGGAGGGUCAAUAUCCGCUUUGCGAAACCGAUUACUUCCGCCGGCUCGAUUUAAUAUGCCACAAAUGUAAUGGCGCUCUCCGCGGGUCGUACAUCACAGCCCUGGACCGAAAGUAUCAUAUCGACCAUUUUACUUGUUCUGUGUGUCCGACGGUGUUUGGAGCCCAGGACAGUUAUUAUGAGCAUGAUAGUCAGGUAUAUUGUCAUUACCAUUACUCGACACAAUUUGCACAGCGGUGUAAUGGCUGCCAGACGGCUAUUCUGAAGCAGUUUGUUGAAAUUUUCCGCAAUGGUCAGAAUCAACAUUGGCAUCCAGAAUGCUACAUGAUACACAAAUUCUGGAACGUGAGAUUAGCUUCAACGCAAGACGCAACAGAGGCAAGGCCGGAAGUAAACGAUAUUACGGACGAAGAAGGACGCAAUGCUGUCAGAGACGAGGAGGAAAGAAUGGAGGAGAAGGUGUAUAGGAUAUGGAGCGUUCUUUCGACCUUCGAAGAGUCGUCCGCAGCUUGUAUAUCGGAUAUGCUUCUGCACGUCAGUAACGGCGCAUAUGUGGAUGGUGUAUUAGUGGCCAAGAAGUUCAUCUGGCAUGUUGAUAUUUUGUUCCGUUCUGCAGACAAGCUGGAUGCCACCAUGACAAGAUUGGCAAUGAAAGGUAUGUUGCGUGUUGUGAUUCGGGGGAGUGGUUAACUGAUACAGUCUAGGACUUUCCUAUUCUCGAGAGGCGAAACUUCUCUGCAAGAAGAUAGUGGCUUUCUUUUCACUAUUGUCCAAGACUCAAGAGACGGGUGUGAGAAAACUUGGUGUUACCCAGGAACUUCUCGCCCUUGUCACUGGAUUGGCUCAUUAUUUGAAACUUCUGAUCAGAAUAUGUCUCCAAGGGGCUCUCAAGGUCGAGCGGGAGCAGAAGAACCCCGAGGGCUUGAAUGCGUUUUUGGAUGAUCUUGGUGACAUGGAGGCAAUCAAGAACGACGAAAUAUCACUGGAAGCCACCACCGGCACACCUGGAUUGGCUGAAGCGAAUUCCGACCAAUGUGUAACUUGCAAACGAGCGAUAGAAGAUGAAUGCGCACAUAUCCAAGAGCGUCGUUGGCAUCUUGCUUGUCUUCAAUGUACAAAUUGUUCACGAGAACUCCGUCAAAACCUGGAAGAUGUUAGAUGGAGCCAACAGGACCAAAAGAUUCAUUGCAGUAACUGCCAGAACCGGGUUCCCGAUGCGGUCGGUGGAUUUGAGAGAGUCACCCGACUCCAGCAAUACGUAUUCCUUCUUCGGGUCGCCUUGGCAAGACUUUUGGACAUUCUACGAAGUAGUGGUACACUGCCACAUACUUCUGAUGACCCAAACUUGAACGGUUACGAUUCGAAAGAGGGCCAUCGACUCGCAGAGAACGAUACUGCACUGGGAAGAUCAAACACCCGAUCGAAGUCCUUUGGCGGAACUGCGGAUGAUCAACCACGAGAGUCUUCAUAUGAGAGCACUCUCAACGAUGUUCGGCGUCUGAGAAGCACCCGGAUGGACAAGCACUUGUCGUCCACAAUUAAGAAAGCAAGGACUUCGCGAAUCAUGGAUGGUCCCGAGGGACGUUCUGUCAGACCCGGUUCUGCUGGCGCAGAUGGGUCCGAUCCACGAAAUGGCGGCUUUCAAAUUGUUGAAGAAAGAGAUAGCAAUGGUGAAUCCAGAACCGAACUCAUGUUUGGUCACCAGGAUGCCUUGACUCUUGACGAUAUUCCACGAAUCGUAGCUGCAGAGCAAGCCAAGGAGCAAAGACCAAAUGCGUACAAACACGCACGUCAUGAGAUGUUCAGAACUUCUGUUACCGAGCCAAAGCUCCUUAACGGCCAUCAACGCAAUCUUUCGAGUGGCAACGCCCUCGAUAUUCCUGUAUCAGACCCAUCCAGCCAGAGACGUGAUGGAGGCAAGAAAUACUUCUCGGAAUUAUCUGCCCUGGAAUAUUUCAUCGUUCGCCACGUUGCUGUCAUUGCUAUGCAACCGAUGCUAGAAGGCCAUUUUACUUUGGAAGAGUUGCUCAGCCUCAUCGAGACUAGAAAACCAACCUUCUGGAACAAAAUGGGGAAAGCUUUCAAGAAUGACGGCAAAAAGGGAGGCAAGAAGAAGGGAGUCUUCGGCGUGCCCCUUGAGGUUAUUAUCGAGAGAGAUGGAGCUGACUCGACUGAUGGCAUUGGUCCAGGCGCCUUGAGGAUUCCAGCACUUGUUGAUGAUGUAGUUACCAGCAUGCGAAAAAUGGAUCUUUCAGUCGAGGGGGUGUUCCGAAAAAACGGGAAUAUCAAGCGACUAAAUGUCACGACUCUGGCUAUCGACAAAGAUGGGUGCGAGUCCGUGGAUUUGUCCAAAGAAAACGUUGUGCAAGUUGCAGCACUGCUUAAGAAAUAUCUUCGAGAGCUGCCAGACCCGCUGUUGACAUUCAAACUCCACCGGCUCUUUAUAGCGACGCAAAAGAUCGCCGAUGAAGACAAACGUCGGCGUGUGCUGCACUUGACAUGCUGUCUCUUGCCAAAAGCUCAUCGAGACUGUUUAGAGAUUCUAUGUUCGUUUUUCAAUUGGGUGGCAUCCUUCCAUCAAGUCGACGAGGAAUCUGGUUCAAAGAUGGACACUCACAAUCUAGCCACGGUCAUUGCACCAAAUAUUCUCUUCACCAACGCCAAAACGCCCGUCGAUGAUAAUUUCUUAGCGAUUGAGGUCGUACACACGCUCAUCGAAUGUAAUGAGCAAAUGUGUGAAGUAAGUGCUCUUAACUUCCAGACUACCCCCCACAACUAACCGCUUGACUAGGUUCCGGAGGAUCUUCAAUCUAUACUUUCUGACACAACCCUUUUUACAACAACCAAUGGUGAGGUAACCACAAAGGAGAUUCUGAAGCGUUAUGGGGACCUUGGCCAGAAUGGUGGCCCCAGGCAUCAGGUCGAAACCGUUGAAGGGUCGCCACGAAAAGAGGGUGGUGGUGGCGGGCGAGGCGCCGCACCAGUGAUUACAAGAAUAGAUACUGAUCCGUCCCAAACACAUGCGCGGCAAAAGGAGAGCAGCGUACGCCAUGUUCACGAUCAGCCUGGCGGACCACAAAACCAAAACAUACCACCACAGCAGCAAUGGCAAGGUCAAGAUCUUGAGCCCCCUCAUCCGUAUCCACCAAAUAGGAACGGCACUCCAGACAGUCAGGCUGAAAACCCUCGCCAGUAUCGGAACUCGACUUUCAGGCCUCGAGGUAACUCCAUUGGAGUUGGUGUGACAGGGGCUGUCUAGCUUCAACCAACCUUCGAAUUUCUAAUGCAUUACGUAUACCCCUUCUACCUUAGGCCAGGUGCCAAUUCAAGAUAUUUGGCUACCAAAUGACUUCGGGUCGUUCGAUAAAAACAUAGCGGCCAAUCUUUUUCGACUCUCAGCGAGACUCAAUUUCUCUGCAAAAUCCUUCUCAAAACUUUUCAAAAACGACAUUUGAAGUAUUCACUGGUGGCGUUUUUAUUUUCAUGUUCGCUCGGCAGCAGAAUUGAUGAUCUGCGGAUAUAGGCAGCUGUGCUGAGGAAUUGUAUGUGUCUAUUUGAUGAUAGGCUUCCUUAAUUCUUUUUUCUUUCCAGAGGCUAGUUGUUUGGAGUAUAGGCCUGGCAUUUUUGGAAGAUUCGAUAUUUGGGAGUCUUCCUUCAUAUGCAUGUAUGCAGC